ACGUCACAAAUUUUUCUUUGUAAAAUGGGUUUUAACGGCCUCAAACUGCCAACAGAAACCAAGGCGCUACAGAAAAGAAAAAGGUAAACAGAUAUGCUGAGCAGAACAAGCACAGCGGCUUCUCAUUCACUCAUUGUUGCUUCUUCAACAAAUGCAUCCAAAUCCUUUUCCAAUUUGAACCGCAACAUCCCCAGAUUCUUGGGUUUCAACCAUUUUUCUCCUAAUUUACCCGAUUGUUCCUGUUCUGGGUAUGUGAGUUUUGGAUGGAAUACUAGCUCCAACAGGAAGUUUAACAGGUCUAGAAUGGAGGGAUUUGCUGUUCGUGCUUCUGCUCAGCCACUUCAAAAUGCUGAUGAACUCAUUGAUUCAGUUGAGACCUUCAUUUUCGAUUGUGAUGGGGUUAUAUGGAAAGGAGACAAGCUUAUAGAUGGAGUUCCAGAAACCCUUGAUAUGCUUCGAUCAAAGGGAAAGCGAUUAGUUUUUGUUACCAACAAUUCAACGAAGUCCAGGAAGCAGUAUGGCAAAAAGUUCGAAACACUUGGUCUUAAUGUCACUGAGGAAGAAAUUUUUGCAUCAUCUUUUGCUGCCGCUGCAUAUUUGAAGUCCAUUGAUUUCCCAAAAGAGAAGAAGAUAUAUGUGAUUGGUGAGGAAGGCAUUUUGAAAGAACUUGAACUCGCUGGAUAUCAGUACCUUGGUGGACCGGAGGAUGGUGGUAAGAAAAUAGAACUAAAGCCGGGAUUUCUGAUGGAGCACGAUGAGGAUGUGGGAGCUGUUGUGGUUGGAUUUGAUCGAUACUUUAACUACUACAAAGUGCAGUAUGGAACACUCUGCAUACGAGAAAAUCCUGGCUGCCUCUUCAUUGCAACUAAUCGUGAUGCUGUCACUCAUCUGACAGAUGCGCAAGAGUGGGCAGGUGGUGGUUCAAUGGUUGGUGCUCUUUGUGGAUCGACCCAACGUGAGCCAUUAGUUGUUGGGAAGCCCUCAACUUUCAUGAUGGACUACUUAGCAAACAAGUUUGGGAUUCAGAAGUCACAAAUAUGCAUGGUUGGAGAUAGAUUAGAUACCGAUAUUCUGUUUGGACAGAAUGGUGGGUGCAAGACUCUUCUUGUUUUAUCAGGUGUUACAAGCUUGUCAACACUUCAAAGUCCCAACAACUCCAUUCAACCAGAUUUCUACACCAACAAGAUUUCAGAUUUCCUCUCGCUCAAAGCUGCCACUGUAUGAGAUGACCCAUCAUGUACAAGGCUAUUUGUUUUCUCUUCUCAAUUCUUGUAAUGCAACCAUAUUAUCACUUUCACAAGUAUUUGAAUACAGAAUUAUAUGUGAAAAUUGGGUAUGGAUUUGUACUUGACUUUUAAAAAUUGAACAUGGAAAAAGAAAAAAAAGAAGCAAAUAUUUUUAUUUGA